UCGUUUAUUGGUCCGAAUACCAACCGUUUAGGAUUUUGUUCGGACAAAUUCGGCGAAAUUGAAGCCAGCCGCAGUGAGCAACGCACUUCUGGCUAUUUUCACAAAAAUAAACCCCCCCUUCCCCUUCCUCAUGCAAAAACACCUCAGUGAUAAAUCUGUGCUUUUACUUUGAAAACAAGAAGCCAACCUGUCAGCAAUAUAUCUGGCUUCACAUCGCCGUUCGGACCGGUGUCCCGUUAACGGAUUGGAUCGGUUACGACGCCUUACCCACCGAGAGUUUUUUCGACUCUUCAACGAAGAUCGGCUCGCCGUCUCCCGCUGUCCGUCGCGUUGCAUCUUGGGUAAUUUCAGUAUGAGUAAUAAACCCAUGAUGUAUACUCAACAUUUCUGGUGAAUGCAGUAUGCACCCGGGAACUUCUCGCUGACUCACCAACCGCACACUGCCAGUGUGAACGCUCUGCAGACUCAAUGAGGUAGUGUGAGUAGUAGGUAAGUACGCGGUUUGAACACAGCCAGAGAGAGAGCGAGACGCUCCCUGAUGAUGUCAUCGGAGAGCGUCUCCUUGAUGACAUCAUCAGAGACACUCUCUGCCACAAACCAACAAACACCCUCCCGCAUAAAUGUUUACUUCUUUAAUUACCUCCAGAUGUGACGUGGAGUCUGGUCCAGAUGUGGAGUCUGGUCCAGGUGUGGAGUCUGGUCCAGAUGUGGAGUCUGGUCCAGGUGUGGAGUCUGGUCCAGGUGUGGAGUCUGGUCCAGAUGUGGUGUCUGGUCCAGAUGUGGAGUCUGGUCCAGGUGUGGAGUCUGGUCCAGGUGUGGAGUCUGGUCCAGAUGUGGAGUCUGGUCCAGGUGUGGAGUCUGGUCCAGAUGUGGAGUCUGGUCCAGGUGUGGAGUCUGGUCCAGGUGUGGAGUCUGGUCCAGGUGUGGAGUCUGGUCCAGAUGUGGAGUCUGGUCCAGGUGUGGAGUCUGGUCCAGGUGUGGAGUCUGGCCCAGAUGUGGAGUCUGGUCCAGGUGUGGAGUCUGGUCCAGAUGUGGAGUCUGGUCCAGGUGUGGAGUCUGGUCCAGAUGUGGAGUCUGGUCCAGGUGUGGAGUCUGGUCCAGAUGUGGUCUGGACCUGGUCCAGAUGUGGAGUCUGGUCCAGAUGUGGAGUCUGGUCCAGAUGUGGAGUCUGGUCCAGGUGUGGAGUCUGGUCCAGGUGUGGAGUCUGGUCCAGAUGUAGAAUCUGGUCCAGGUGUAGAAUCUGGUCCAGGUGUGGAGUCUGGUCCAGAUGUGGUCUGGACCUGGUCCAGAUGUGGAAUCUGGUCCAGAUGUGGAAUCUGGUCCAGGUGUGGAGUCUGGUCCAGGUGUGGAGUCUGGUCCAGGUGUGGAGUCUGGUCCAGAUGUGGUGUCUGGUCCAGAUGUGGUGUCUGGUCCAGAUGUGGAGUCUGGUCCAGGUGUAGAAUCUGGUCCAGGUGUGGAGUCUGGUCCAGAUGUGGUCUGGACCUGGUCCAGAUGUGGAAUCUGGUCCAGAUGUGGAAUCUGGUCCAGGUGUGGAGUCUGGCCCAGAUGUGGAGUCUGGUCCAGAUGUGGAAUCUGGUCCAGAUGUGGAAUCUGGUCCAGGUGUGGAGUCUGGUCCAGGUGUGGAGUCUGGUCCAGGUGUGGAGUCUGGUCCAGAUGUGGAGUCUGGUCCAGAUGUGGUGUCUGGUCCAGAUGUGGUCUGGACCUGGUCCAGAUGUGAGUAUAAACUUGACGUUUCCUUUCGUCGCUACUCAGACGAUCAUGAAACCUUUUUCUCCACACGUCACUUGUUUCCAUUCAUGGUUAUUUUCGCUAUUUUUGGAAUCUGGACUCAGACUGGGUGAAACUGGACCAGGUCUCCAGGUCCUCCUGGCUCCGGCUCGGACCUGGUCUGGAUCAUCUGUGACUGGAUUGAUCAGAUUCUCUCAGGCUCAUCAGCAAUGUUUUGCUCCUCAGUUGAUCCGGUGGUCUCCUAUUGAUCCUGGUGAUCUGGUGGUCACAUGUUGACUUUGGUGGUCUCUUGUAGAUCUGAUGAUCUGGUGGUUUCCUGUUGAUCCUGGUGAUCUGGUGGUCUACUUUUGAUCUUUUGGUCUCAUGUUGAUCCUGGUGAUCUGGUGAUCUCCUGUUGAUCUGGUUGUCUCCAGCUGACCCUAGUGAUCUAGUGGUGAUCUGGUGGUCUCCUGUUGAUCCUGGUGAUCUGGUGGUCUCGUGUUGAUCCCAGUGGUCUCCAGCUGAUCCUGGUGAUCUAGUGGUGAUCUGGUGGUCUCCUGUUGAUCCUGGUGAUCUGGUGGUCUCGUGUUGAUCCCGGUGGUCUCCAGCUGAUCCUGGUGAUCUGGUGGUCUCCUGGUGAUCCUGGCUGUCCUCCAGGUCCUGGUCUGGCCCUGCAGGGGGUCCGUCCACACGGCGAAGACCUUGACGUCCUGUU